AGCCGAGAAAACAGAAGUCCUCAGUGAAGAUCUGUUACAGAUCGAGCGGCGCCUGGACACUGUGCGGUCAAUGUGUCACCAUUCCCAUAAGCGCCUCAUGGCAUGCUUCCAGGGCCAGCAUGGCACCGAUGUCGAGAGAAGACACAAAAAACUCCCUCUGACAGCUCUCGCUCAGAAUAUGCAAGAAGCAUCCACUCAGCUGGAAGACUCUCUCCUGGGGAAGAUGCUGGAGACCUGCGGAGACGCUGAGCACCAGCUGGCUCUGGAGCUCUCUCAGCACGAGGUCCUCAUUGAGAAGGAGAUCGUGGACCCUCUCUAUGGCAUAGCAGAGGUGGAGAUUCCCAACAUCCAGAAACAGAGGAAACAGCUGGCUAAAUUGGUGUUGGACUGGGACUCGGUCCGAGCCAGGUGGAACCAAGCUCACAAAUCUUCAGGAACCAACUUUCAGGGGCUUCCAUCAAAAAUAGAUACCUUAAAGGAAGAGAUGGAUGAAGCUGGAAAUAAAGUAGAACAGUGCAAGGAUCAACUUGCAGCAGACAUGUACAACUUCAUGGCCAAGGAAGGGGAGUUUGGCAAAUUCUUUGUUACGUUAUUAGAAGCCCAAGCAGAUUACCAUAGAAAAGCAUUAGCAGUCUUAGAAAAGGCCCUUCCCGAAAUGCGAGCCCAUCAAGAUAAGUGGGCAGAAAAGCCAGCCUUUGGGACACCUUUGGAAGAGCACCUGAAGCGGAGUGGGCGUGAGAUCGCGCUUCCCAUCGAAGCCUGUGUCAUGCUGCUCCUGGAGACGGGCAUGAAGGAGGAGGGCCUUUUCCGAAUCGGGGCUGGAGCCUCCAAGUUAAAGAAGCUGAAAGCCGCUUUGGAUUGUUCUACUUCUCACCUGGACGAGUUCUACUCAGACCCCCAUGCUGUAGCAGGUGCUUUGAAGUCCUACCUACGGGAAUUGCCUGAACCUCUGAUGACUUUUAAUCUGUAUGAGGAGUGGACACAAGUGGCAAGUGUGCAGGAUCAGGACAAAAAACUUCAAGAUUUAUGGAGAACAUGUCAGAAGUUGCCACCACAGAAUUUUGUUAAUUUUAGGUAUUUAAUCAAGUUCCUUGCGAAGCUUGCUCAGACUAGUGACAUUAAUAAAAUGACUCCUAGCAACAUUGCGAUUGUGUUAGGCCCUAAUUUGUUAUGGGCCAAAAAUGAAGGAACACUGGCUGAAAUGGCAGCGGCCACAUCCGUCCAUGUGGUUGCAGUGAUUGAGCCCAUCAUCCAGCACGCAGACUGGUUCUUCCCUGAAGAGGUGGAGUUUAAUGUAUCAGAAGCGUUCGUGCCUCUCGCCACCCCAAAUUCCAAUCACUCAUCCCACACUGGAAACGACUCUGACUCGGGGACUCUGGAGAGGAAGCGGCCGGCCAGCAUGGCAGUGAUGGAAGGGGACUUGGUGAAGAAGGAGAGCUUUGGUGUGAAGCUUAUGGACUUCCAGGCCCACCGGCGGGGUGGCACUCUAAAUAGAAAGCACAUAUCCCCUGCUUUCCAGCCACCGCUCCCGCCCAUGGACGGCAGCACCUCGGCUCCAGCAGGCCCAGAGCCCCCUUCCCAGAGCUCUAGGGCUGAAAGCAGCUCAGGGGGUGGGACAGUCCCCUCCCCUGCGAGCAUACUGGAGCAGGGGCUGAGCCCGGGUGACAGCAGUCCUCCAAAACCCAAGGAUUCUGUAUCUGCAGCUGUCCCUGCACCAGGGAGAAAUAGCAGUCAAAUGACCAGUGGCCAAAGCCAGGCCCAGGCAGGUGCCAGCUCCCAUCAGCUCUCUGUCGGCCUAGCUCACAACGCUGCUGGUCCCAGCCCUCACACGCUGCGCCGGGCAGUUAAGAAACCUGCUCCAGCGCCCCCAAAACCGGGAAACCCGCCUCCUGGCCAUCACGGGGGCCCGAGUGCUCCAGGAGCGUCUCAGCUUCCACCCAGCCUGUCACCAAAGCCAUCCGCUCGAAGUCCGUCUCCUCCCCCACAGCACACAGGCCCAGCCCCAGGCCAGCCCUUGGCCACCUCCCAGCUCUCUGCACCCCGGAGGUACUCCAGCAGCCUGUCUCCAAUACAAGCACCCAGCCACCCGCCGCCACAGCCGCCCACCCAGGCCACGCCGCAGGGGCACAGCAAACCGAGUGGCCAGGGCCCACCCACCUCCAUGACACUGCCCAGUGAGCACGGACUCGAGCAGCCACCCCACACCCCUCCUCAGACGCCAACACCCCCCAGUACUCCACCCCUAGGAAAGCAGAACUCCAACCUGCCAGCUGCUCAGACCCAGGUGGUGAGUAACCCUGAGGCUACGCAGACACAUGCUGGAACCCUGCCGAGACCCAGGCCAGUACCAAAGCCGAGGAACCGACCCAGCAUGCCCCCGCCCCCCCAUCCUCCUGGCGCCCACUCUGCCGGGGACAGCAGCCUCAGCAGCGCAGCACCAACAGCUUCCAAAAUAGUGACAGAUGUCCUUCCUAGUGCCCUCACAGACACCAAUUCUAGGGCUUCAGAACCGCUUCGCAGCAUCUUUUCUGAAAUGCACUCAGACUCCGCAAACAAAGACCUGCCCGGCCACAUUCUGCUGGAUAUAGACAAUGACACGGAAAGUACCGCCUUGUGAAGAAAGCCGCUCCCAGCCGUCCCUCCCACCCUGUGGGCCGGAACCAGGCUGGGCAGACCAGACAGUGAAUAGCUUUCAGUGGAGGAGAAAGGUCCUCCCACGCGGGACCUGGCCUUUUGCACAGCCCAAGGAGAGCGUGGAGGCCCACACUUCAAAGCUGCAUGACCUGGGUCUUGAAGAAGUUGGCUUUCUUUACCUGGGAGGGCAACCAUGGCAAAAAGUCAAAAGCAAAGAAGAACCAGGAGAGGACCAGCCUUCCUGCUGAGCAGUGCAUAGGAAGCUUUGGCCACUGCUGUGAACGCAGGUGGCACCCACAGCAGCUUGGAGCGAACGAGAAGCAACGCGCCGUCUAUUUAAUAAAACCCUCAGCCAUGCAGGUCAGUGCUGCUUGCUACUGGGGCGUUCACCCUCGUGUACCAGGAGGGAGCCCCUCCUGCAGACUUUCUGCAGAACCGUUUUGUAUUAAGUCUGGUCUGUGUCUUCCCAGUCCCCUCAGAACCGUGAGCAUCGAUGGUGACUGCUGGAUCUGUCACCUCAUCAAACUGGACGUGACUUGUGCCUUGUCAGAUUUCCAGAAUGCAGAGAAAUGUACUGUCUUUUUUUUUUUUUUAAACAAUGUAAUUGCUCCUUGAUAUGGACCGAACAUUAUUCUAGUUUCAUGUUUAAUUUGAAUUAAAUAUAUUCUGUGGUUUA